CAUUACCAUCGAAGACAUUGUAGAACGACGGCGGUCAAGCUCAGCAGACAAACUAGAGCAACUGAUUUAGUUCGCCCGAAGAUCUGCGCCGUCGGCUCCUGCUGCCAGAGACCUUUAACAAACGCACAAGAAGGUAAAGCAAAGCACGACAAAAGAGAGGCGAAUGGAGGUCUGGACGCUUUUACUGGGAAACCUGGCUGAUAAACAAGCAAAAUAGGUACAAGUUAUCCUGUUCUGCCGCAAGAAAAUCAAGUGUUGACACCGAUUGAUUGUAAACAUUUACUUUAGAAUCACUUCCAUCGAUAGAGGAAUUGCUGUAACUGCGAUAGUCUUAGCACGAGCAAGGCAUCGGCAAGUGCGUUCACAACGAUACUAUCAAUAGUGCAGCAAGGCUUGACUACAAGCUCGACCGCUCAAGAAUAGUUCACUCUAGUGUAGAUAUAAACAGCAAGAAAAAAAGGCACACAAACGAAAAAAGAAGACGAGAAGAGCGGUGUAUGAAGCCAAGCGUCGCCUUUGAUUCGCCGACGCGAACGCAGCAACGUAUCUGUAGUACAUCACCUCGAUCACUCGGUCCGGUAAUAAUAAUAAUAGUAUUGAUUAACACUAAUAAGGAGAACGCUUCUUCAAGGAACAGAUAUAUAUAUAUACAUCUUGCUCUCUGAUAUAUAUACAGAGAAAGAAUUUUCUAAAGGUUUCUCUACUCGAAAAGUAACCGAGAAAUUACUAACAAGGUCAAAAAUAGCUGGCGGAGUGAUAACACUUUUGGUCGGCGUACAGCCAGUCAGUGGCCGCCUUAAGUAUAGGUUUUUUAGUACAUAACUCGUUAUACGGUGCAUGCGCAUGGCAUGGCCACAGCAGAUGAACUACUCAAAGACAUUCGGAAGAUACGAAAUGAAUCAAUCUACUCGUCUGGGAGAAGGAAAAGGUCAGCGUGCCGAUCUUCCCGAAAUUAUUCUUUUCCGGGAGUAGCUGGCGCGAGAACUCUGUAACCGAAAAAGCGACAGAAGCAGCAGCAAAUACGACUGUCAACGUGGUCAUUGUUAAGAGCUCUACGCCUAAGACCACUAGCUAAGACGCUCUGCAUAACCUAGAUGGCACGCGAAACAAAGCUAAUCGGCCUGUCGCCAUCGCAGCAAGCUAGCUAAUGAAAAGACCUACUGCAUUCUCCGUUGCUUCCAAUGAAAGGCCCAGUUCUUUUAUCACGACACUUUAACUGUUGCUGCUGUUUGGUGUCGUUGGUCAACGAAGUGGGCCAGAGAUCAGGACCGAACCACCAUCGUUGAUCAGGCUUAGUUUGGCGGGCUCUGCCGAUCUGCAUGACAGCUAAGCAGUAGCGUAGAACCCUACUAAGCUCGUUUGCUUCUUCUCUGCCUGGCCAUCUGCUUGAAGACAGGCCUUGCACUUUGCGACUGCUGCUGCUGCUGCUGCUGCUGCUGCCGUGUUAAGAACUAGACAAAGGCAACAACCGGAAGACAUCUGUUAGGCCAGUUGGGUGAAGGGAAAUAAACUCGCAACAAAGAGCUACUGUUGCAAAAGCUAUCUGUUCUGAGUCCUAGACUAGACUGGGAUCGACUAACAACUCUGCAGGCCGUGGACCACUAUCACUGAACAACGCCGCAGGACCGAGCGAUUGAGAAGUUGGCCGCGGCUGGGACGCUCUGGCUCACUUGAUCUGAUUACUACUUACACCAGGUCAAUUUAACCAAGCCGUUGAACCACUCCUACAUGGAAACACACAUCUACACUCUCAUCCAAUUGUGUACACGCGAAGCAAACGACAACGGUAUUAGCAGCGACACUAACAAAAACGAAUCUGCCAGAAACCGAGUAACGCUGAUUUCUGCAGCGGCGUUCCUACGAACUUACCACAGACCCGGUCGGCACAAUAGUUUGAAGGUUAGCAUCGGCCCGUGAACUAUAGUGAAAGGAACUGAGCGAAAUACUAUAGUUGUUGAACAGCAGGCUUCAAAGUAAAGAAGUGAAUAUUCUUAUGGUGACAACAAAUUUUGUCUGUAGUGGUCAAGACCCUACUCAAUGAAGUGAGAAGCGAAUUCAUAUGUGCUCAGUUAUAGCAGUUGUUUGUCGUAAUGCCGCCAAUAUACGACGUCUGUGUGUCUCGAUACUGGCGUAUCUGACUGAUUCCGAUCGGUGUCAUUGAUCUGCAAAGCCAAUUGUUUUCUUUACGUCCCGGAUAGAGCAAACGAUCAUGGCAACGGAAACAUUUGGCCUGCCGGAGGAACAGGUGGCUGAAUUUAAAGAGGCCUUUCUUUUGUUUGACAAGGACGCCGAUGGAAUGAUUACGGCCGCCGAACUAGGCGUCGUCAUGCGAUCGCUUGGCCAGCGACCUACGGAGCAAGAGCUCAAGAAAAUGGUUACCAUGGUUGACCAGGACGGCAAUGGUACAAUCGAGUUCAACGAGUUUUUGAUGAUGAUGUCUCGCAAGAUGAAGGAGGCAGACUCGGAGGAAGAACUCCGGGAGGCGUUCCGUGUGUUCGAUCGAGACGGUGACGGAUUCAUCUCGCGGGACGAGCUCAGUGUCGUCAUGAACAACCUCGGCGAGAAAUUAAGUGACGAUGAUGUUGAGGAUAUGAUUCGAGAGGCCGAUCUGGACGGCGAUGGCAAGAUUAACUACCAAGAGUUUGUGCUCAUUAUCACCUCCGCCAAGUAGGCCUUGGAGUUGCUCGCGCACACACAUGCUAUUCCUCUUGUCCUACACGACAAACACUAUACACGUUACAAUACGGAAAAAUGAAAUAAAAGCACAGUCACACUUAUUCAUUCAUUCACAGAGGA